AUGCGCGUCGCUGUCUGUUGUGAAUGGUGUUGUCGUUACACUCUCACCAUGAGGAGACAGGGGCCGAGUUUAGUCUUGACUCUCGCUGGUGGAGGUACCAUGACACGUUUUUUCUGUUGCCACAUUUGCACUUAGUCUUCGGCUGCAGUUAGCUUAGCUAAACCUAGCGCGGUAGUGUCCGUUUUUGUUCGUUUACUGAUUUUUCCACCCAAGUGCCUGGAGAGAUGCAGAGAUUAAGGUGUUUGAAGAGUGGCUGGCAGCUGCUGAAAUCAGUCUGUGAAGGCGCAGCAAAACAAGCAAACACCUUGUCUUCGACCUCGAGAAAUUACAGCCAUCUCCCCCCUCAGGGCUCCUUCGGUCUCCUCUUUGACAUUGAUGGGGUGCUGGUACGAGGCGGUACGCCGAUCCCCGCGGCCAAGCAGUGCUUCAGGAACCUGGUGGACCGCAACGGGAAAUACAAGGUCCCCGUGGUUUUCGUCACCAACGCCGGGAACUGCAUGAGACAAGCCAAAGCCGAACACCUGUCACACCUGCUCCAGGUGGAGGUCUCCCCGGACCAGGUGAUGCUGUCCCACAGUCCUUUGCGGAUGUUUACCAAGUUCCAUAAAAUGCGCGUGCUGGUGUCAGGACAGGGGCCCGUUGAAGAAGUCGCUCACAAUUUGGGUUUUGAGGAUGUUGUUACAGUAGAUACGCUCAGAGAGGCCUAUCCUGUUCUCGAUGUUGUGGAUCACAACAGAAGGCCCAAAGACCAUAUCCCCCCUACUAAAGGCUUACGAACAAUAGACGCGGUUAUCUUAUUUGGUGAGCCAAUCAGAUGGGAGACCAACCUCCAGCUUAUCGUGGACGUGCUUCUAACCAACGGAAACCCUGACGACCCCUGGACCUCCAUGCAGUACCCUCACAUCCCGGUCCUGGCCUGUAACAUGGACCUGCUGUGGAUGGCGGAGGCGAAGAAUCCCAGGUUCGGUCACGGCAUGUUCCUGGUGUGCUUGGAGAGUUUGUUCAAAAAGGUCACAGGCUACGAUCUGAAGUACGAGGCUCUGAUCGGCAAACCCAGCGUGGUGACUUACAACUACGCCGAGCUGCUGAUCCGACAACAGGCUGAAAGCCUCGGCUGGAGCACGCCUGUGAAGAGGCUGUAUGCUAUAGGCGAUAACCCCAUGGCGGACAUUUAUGGUGCCAAUCUCUACAACCGCUACCUCCAGGCAGCUCACCGCGCCAGAGCCCAGAUGCAAGCUAAGAGCGGCGGAGGAGGAGGCGCGGAUCCUUUGACAGAAACUGUCGGCAAGGACCUUAAAAUGACGUCCACAGAACUGGGUGGCACAUCCGGUGGGUACGUGGCAGAACAGGACCUCCCCGAAGAGUGCUGCUCCAUGCUGGUGUGCACAGGCGUGUACAGCAAAGACCAGGAGGAGCUGCCCCGGGACCCAGAGCAAACGGUCACGGAGCAUCGCAUCUUCCACGGCCACAGGGACUUCCGCUUCGACCCCACCCUCACGCAGCCGUCCUUCGUGGUGGAGGACGUAAAGGACGCGGUGGAGCUGGUGUUCCAGCAGGAGGGCUGGCCUCUGGAUUAGCUUCUCAAAGCUUUGAGAACGCAUCCCAUCAUUCUUUUUUAGUUUUCGCACGUGAGGCACCGCCGUCAGUGUUAGAGGUUCAAGCCGCAAAAAGCAACAAUGUGCAGUUUCAACACUAAACACAUAGAAAACAUAGCGCAUGGCAGCAUCAGAGUCUGCAGCCUUUUUAUAUUUUUUCAUGAACAACACGUCGCUGUUUCCGUAUUUGCAGUGUGUAGUCAGGCGCUCACUGAACACCUGAGCUUCGUUGCCUCUGUUUUACAGCGCACAUAGUUUUUGAGUUACGACAUUUAGACUUUUUAUAAAUUAUCAAAGAGAUGGUUUGCUAUGUGAAAAUACCUUUAACUGUUUGGGUAAGGAUGGAUUUUAUUUUUUAAAAGGGUCAUCUUACCUUUUGUAGGUCUUACUAAGCGUUUUUACAGCUGUCGUGUUUUCAGCUUGAUUUUAUUUUAUUUUUUUCAAAGCUAAGGUUAAUGCAUUGCACCACUAAUGCAGAUUAGAUUAAGAUCCCAGGUUUCACUUUAGUCCCUCAGGAGUUAAGAUCUUAUUUUUUUUUUUGUUUUGUUUUGUUUGUGAAAGCAUUACACAGUAAGUCUCUGUGGAAACGGGUGCUAUUUUUCUGUGAAAUGAUGGCAGUUAUAGAUGUUAAAGUCUGUGUUUCGGAAGAUGACAGGUGCAGCAAAAAAAAUAUUUUAUCUUGCAAUUGAGGUUAAAAAAUGUUGACUCUAAUUGCAGGUUUAAACGAAGGAGCUGUGGUUGUGUACUGAAAAAGCCAUACUGUGCGGAAGAACAAUUAAAAAGACUGAAAGAAGUUGCA